GUCCAUUGCCCGGAAAGCUUGCUCUGGAGACCAUCCGAACCGCCGAUUCGACCACUCCCUUCCGCCCUCCUCCUAGGUCCCAUCACAACAAUCGCAGCCAUGGCUAACCGACGGCCUCAGUUCAACCAGCAGUUCCAGGUCGACACGACCCCUCUGCCCGACGAUAUCCCCAAGGUCAAGGAGAUUGGUGCCAGCUCUGCGCCUCUUCUGUCGGCGUCCUACUUCAUCGGUGCCCGUUGCCGCGAAUACAAUGACGACUUCAUGCAGUGCAAGACGGACAGCACGGGCCGCGGCGAGUUUGAUUGUUUGAAGGAGGGUCGUCGGGUCACCAGAUGCGCCUCCAGCGUGCUGAAGGAUAUCAACACCCACUGCCUCGAGCAGUUCAAGGCCCACUGGACCUGCAUCGAGAACCGUAACCACCAGCUUUACCAGUGCCGACCAGCCGAGUGGAAGCUCAAUAAGUGUGUCUACGAGAACCUGAAACUCGAGAAGAACAUCCCCGACCAGCGCCCUGGCGUCACCCCCGUCGAGCUCCGCCACCACAUGAUCUACGCCGACCAAGCCAUCAACACCCUCGAGGGCAAGCCCUUCAUCCCCCCGUCAAAGCAACAAGCAUCUCGGGUGCGCCUGUUGGUUAUUGACGGAGAGAGUGCUGAGACAUGGAAGCGGUUAACCUCAUAUUGUCACGGAGGUCUUCACUUCUCCAGGUUACCCUCAGCACCUCUUGUAGUAAAAGCCAAUCAAAGCAGCAAAAGAGUUCACCCCCCCGGUGCUGAACUGGGGGCUACAUCUCUGGCGCACUUGCUGGGAAUCGAACUCGAACUCGUAGCCUGUCGUCGAAAAGGUAUCUUUGGCAAGACCAUUUUGACUUUUGUCGCCAUUCUCUCGAUUGUAGCAAUUAUGUUCAAUCUCGAGUGA